AUGGUCGUCUAUGGUUUGUGUGCUAUGAAAUGUUAUCAAUUCCGCGCGAGGAAAGCCGUGGGUUCAGCUAGCAGCAUAGCAAUCUCAUGGAAUACCACAGCCGCGUGGCGCCACAGCCAGCUCGAGGCGGCGCCCACGCCCGCGCCGCGCGCGCCGCCCGUCAUCACCGCCGACCCCUCGCUCAUGAUGUUCUCCACGCACGCGCACAACGAACCACCGAAGACGAUCGUCGUGCCGGAAGCGCCGCCUCAGCCCGCCGGGAAGUCGAAGAAGGCCAAGAAGAAGGCCAAGAGAGCCGCGGCGGAGACGACGGAGCAGAGACACGAGGGAGCCAAGAUGGUCACCCUGCGGAACCCCAUGUUCCACCCGAACCUCCCUCCCGUGCAGAUCGCGAACCCCGCGCAGAGCAAGGCCGAGAUCCGGAUCCCCGAUCCCAUCCCCAUGCCGCCGGCCCCCUGCCAGGCCACCAUCACCCCCACGUCGAACGGGAUGUACACCAUCCGGAACCCGUUGAUGUCGAUGAUGCACCAGCAGAACCUGAUGGGUAUCAGGAACCAGAAUCCUCAGAUGACGCCCGCCUUCGGCCAGCCCCAGUACAGCUACGUCAAUCCGAACGUGUACACGCCGCAAGCGUACGCGGAACCCGCACGCAACUCCCCCAAGAUGCCCGAAAACGAUUUCCAGAACCGCAUCAUGAACCUGGCGUCGUUCACGCAGAAGAACGACGAGGGGUACUCCCUGUUCAAAACGCCGGACGAGAAUCCACAGAAAAGUUUCCUGACGCCCGAAUACUUCGACGACCAGGCCCCGAAGGUCGUGUCCCCCAACCCGAUAGGCACGCGACCGGACCACAACCGGAACUACGAGAACGAUUCGCUGUUCGCGAAUCCGAUCCAGCGUCCGGAGCCGAUCGGCACUCCUCUGAAGAAGGACGAGGAGAAGCAGUACUGCGGGCUGUACACCCCCUUCGGGCAGGAGGACAGGAACGUCUUCCGGAACGCGCUGUUCAACGACAAGCAGGAACCGAACCCGCACUCGAAGGUCGACGAGUCCACUCCCUACGUGAACGGGGAGCUGCCGUAUUUCCAGAGACUAAGAGCGGGCUCGAAGCUGAACAACGAAGUGACCAUCCACUACGUCACGGACUCCAAGUUCUACAAAGGGCAGGAGGCCUGCGAGCGCGAGGAGUCGCUGUUCUCCCGCCCGCAGCCCCGCGCGUGGCCCGAGCGCCCGCACAGCCACAGUGUCCAAUCGUCCGUGAGCUCGAUGACGUGCGAGAGCGCCUGCGACAGCGGCGGGACUUCGCCCCCCCAACAUAGACCCGAAUCCAGCGUGUUCCUGCCGGACCGCAGCAUCACCAACCUCUCGUCCCUCGAAGUCUCCGAACGGGAGAUCGAGUCCUUCAAGCGGUUCGACUUCUACUUCGAGCCGCCGCAGCACAAGCCGAAGGUGCAGCUCGACGUGCGCGACAUCGCGGCCGCGCUGCGGCACCACCAGAAGUAGGGCUCCGCCCUCGCUCUAGUUGAUUUCGUCACAAACGAUUGUAUUUAUUUGUAAAGUUUAAUUUAACAUCGGUCAGCGUCUCGGGCCCCUAUGUAAUCAAAAAUAAAUUAGAUUCCUGGCCCCCCGAGCUCGGGGCCCCGCACCACCGUGUCCCAGGCGGCUUCGCCGCUGAGUCAUCGCUUGAAUGUCUUAUCAUUUGAAAACUCCUCGAUUAAGCUCUUUGAGAUCGAUUGGACAUUUCACACAAGAAGGCGGAAUUAUAUUUAUAAUGUUAAACUGCAUCAAUAAUAAGUAACUAAAAACAAGCUGAUCGACGAAGAGUCCACGCUGAGCCGUCCGGGCAGAACCGGAUCGUGCCGACCGUGAAGACACCAGCUCCGCGGGAUCAGAGGGACGGAUUCCAAGUUCAACAAACGCUUGCCGGAAUAUGUGUUCAACAACAGACGCGAUGACAUAAAGAAACAAUAAAAAAAGAUGUUUCUAGAACUCCCGUUUGACUGAAAACUAUGACAAGUCAGGUUAUACAGAACAGG